AUGGGUCUUAAAAGAUCUGAUGGUUUGUGUUCUUCUGUGGUUAUUCAAGGUGUUGCUUGGGCUUUGCCCUUGUCUACUGCACUGGUGGUAUCUCGGUGCCCACAAAAGUUUCCAGCUUUCUUUACUUUGGUAGCUCAAAGAUUGACCUUGUCUAUUGCACUACUGGUUUCAUGGUGGGUCCGUAUCAGAGACUUGGUUGGUGGGGCCAAUGUGGUUCAACCCGGCUACAUGAAAGGUGAUGGCCUUGGUGCUGAGGUUAUCGGUACCUUCGUUCUUGUCUACACUGUUUUCACUGUCAUUUGA